CGGUCCCGGUCCCGGUCCCGGUCCCGCCCCCGCCCUCGCCGCCGCGGGCGCUGAGGUUGGAGGUGAAGGAACUUCUUCAGGAUGGAGAGCUAUGUUUCUUGCCUUUGCUGGAUUCUUGGGAUCAUCUGAGAUAGUCUGACCCUCGUCCAUGUUAUCUUUUUGACAAGGCAUAUCCAUUCUUCAGAAGUUGUCUCCAUUUAGUACACAUUGAACCUUGAACACUUAAGCAGCACACCAGAAAUAUGGAGGAGGAGGACCUAAGUGAAAGAGGGUUGCCACAAAUUGCAUCAAUCAUGAAUAGAGUUAGAGACUUGAAAAAUAAAUACAGAAAUGAAGACAAUAUCACAGAUGAGCUUAACUGUACUAAAAUUUCCACUGAUACAACAGAUAAUUCUGGGACUGUUAAUCAAAUAAUGAUGACAACAAAUAAUCCAGAAGAUUGGCUGUGUUUUUUGCUUAGACUAGAGAAAAAGGGUGUUCCUCAAAUGGAUGUUAGCCUACUGAAUAGACUCAUUGGUCAUUACAGUCAAGCAGUGACUGCAUUACCUGCAGAAAAGCAUAGCCAAGAUGAGAGCUAUGCUCGCAUUCUUGUGAGAUUUGCUGAGUUGAAAGCUCUUCAAGAUCCAGAGGAGGCACGGGACCAAUUUCAUCUGGCCAGACUGAACUGCAAGAAAUUUGCUUUUGUGCAUGUGGCUUUUGCACAGUUUGAGCUAUCACAAGGAAAUGUGAAAAAGUGUAAGCAGCUCCUUCAGAAAGCUGUGGAGUGCUCUGCUGUUCCACUAGAAAUGUUGGAAACUGCUCUACAAAACUUUCAUUCAGAAAAAAAGCAGCUGCUUUCAAAUGAGGACAAGGAGAACUUGGCAGUAUCAAGUACACAAGAGUCUGGACUUCAGAGCACAGCUGGAAAUCACAGAAGCAUAAAAAGGAAUGAUUCUGGUGAAAAUUCUUCUACUUUUACCAAACUUUUGCUUGGGGAGGAGAAAUCACAGGAACUUGAUGCUCUAGUUAAUUACCACAAUCCAUUAAGACCACUAAGCAAAUCUAACCAGGCCUGCCCCUUUGGGAGGGUUCCUGUUAAACUAGUAACUGAUGCUGGUGAUGAUGUGAAGAUGGAUGUCCCACUCACAGCUAGUGUUAUGAAGAGGCAAGUAUCCAGCUCCAAAUGUACAGCCUUCAUUUCACCUUUUCUACCACCAGAACCAAAAUGUAGUGGGGGUGAUUCAUAUGACCUGAGAGACUUACAGAUGUUGAAUGAGAACAGCUUGGAGACCGCUACCAAUUCAACUGUAACUCUCAAAACCAAAAUGGAUACAAGUCUUGCGAUGAAAAGAGAAGAAAAUAAAGUCCAGCAUGAGGAGGUGAAGGUACCUGACCUAAGGAGUCUGGAAAGUCAACAGCAACAAUCUAGUACUGGUGAAAGCUAUAGAAAGCAGUUGGAUCAGAUUAAACUAAACUGUGUUAACACCAGAAAAAAAUGGCCAAUACAAGAAGUGACACAGAAAAGCUGCUGUAGAGAGGGAAAACAGUCAGGCCUUGAACAAUCUGGUCAUCCUGUUUCAAAGGGAUUAUCACCACCAGAUGGUGUUUCGAAGAAAAGCGAUCCAUCAUAUGUUUGUAGAACACCAAGCACCACAUAUAAUGAUUAUAUGGACUGUUUCAGAACGCCGGUUGUAAAUAACAACUUUCUACCAGGAUGUCAAAUUUCUACUCCCUACAACCAGCUCCCAUAUUUCCUACCACAUACUCCAGCAACUCCAUUUCAAAAUCAAGUUGGCUUGCAGGUUCCAGCUUCUAUACCUUCAAAUGAAUGUCUUGCCAUCAAAGGAAGAGUUUAUACAAUAUUAAAGCAAAUAGGCAGUGGAGGCUCAAGUAAGGUGUUUCAAGUACUGAAUGAAAAGAAGCAACUGUAUGCUGUCAAAUAUGUGAAUCUAGAGGAAGCUGAUCAACACACUGUUGAGAGCUAUAAGAAUGAAAUUGCUCAUUUGAUUAAACUGCAGCAACAUAGUGAUAAGAUCAUCCGUCUUUAUGGAUAUGAAAUUACAGAUCAUCAUAUCUACAUGGUAAUGGAGUGUGGAAAUAUUGAUCUCAAUAGCUGGCUCAAAAAGAAGAAAAACAUUGAUCCUUUGGAACGAAAGAGCUAUUGGAAAAAUAUGCUGGAAGCUGUUCACACAAUCCAUGAAUAUGGUAUUAUUCACAGUGAUCUGAAACCAGCAAACUUUCUGAUAGUUGAUGGAAUGUUAAAACUAAUUGACUUUGGCAUUGCAAACCAAAUGCAGCCAGAUGUGACAAGCAUCAUUAAAGAUUCUCAGGUUGGCACAAUGAAUUAUAUGCCACCUGAAGCAAUAAAAGAUAUGUCUUCCUAUGGAGAAAAUGGAAAAUCUCGAUCUAAGAUAAGUCCUAAAAGUGAUGUGUGGUCAUUGGGAUGCAUUUUGUACUGUAUGACAUAUGGAAGGACUCCAUUUCAACAUAUAACAAAUCCAAUUAAUAAACUACAUGCUAUUGUUGAUCCUAGUUAUGAAAUAGAAUUUCCAGAUAUUGCUGAGAAGGAUCUUCAAGAUGUACUAAAGUGCUGUUUAAUAAGAAAUCCUAAGCAAAGAAUAUCUGUUUCGGAGUUGCUGGUACAUCCCUAUGUUCAAAUUCAAAGUCAAUGUCAAACAGGUGUUCCAAAUGCAAAAGGAACAACAGAGGAAAUGAAACGUAUCCUUGGCCAGCUUGUUGGCUUGAAUUCUCCCAACUCUAUCUCUAGAGCUGCUAGGACUUUAUAUGAACAGUGCAACAGUGGUAAAAGUCUUGAUGUAUCAGCAUUUGCAAAACUUGGGAGUCAAAAAUCAUGGACAACAAAAUGAUAUACUAUUGUUCAGGAUGCCACAGAGAUGUUUGGUCUGUUCAAAAAAUAUUUUAUGCUGCUAGCUUUUAAAAGGACACUCAACAUAAAGUUCACAUUUUUAAAUGUUUUUUGUGUCUUCUGAUAAUGCUUUGCAGAUAAUUAAAAAAUCUAAUUCAGUGCUCUUCACUGUGGGCUGUUUCACUCUUUGCAUACCACGUGGAUUGAACAAUGAAAACUGCUAGUUGGUGAUCAUGGUCUUUGGAGUACAGAAACUUUUAUGAGAAUCUUCGAGCUCUUUUAUGGCCCUGAAGUUAAAACAAAAAAAAGUUCCUAAAAUGCUAGUUGAUGUACAUAAAAAACAUGCAAAUGUGUUUUGAAAUAUCUCCUAUGACAGAAUAUUAUGCGCUUCUGCUCUUUGCCAGCGACUACCUCUGCAUCCAGUUUUGAUCAUAACUAAGGAAAUAUAAGUGAUCAUUUACAAUACUGGUAGAGACAUGUAAAUGUCACCCAGUUUUUGAGCUGUUCCUGUGUUUAAAUGACAUGGUAGAAAUACCAGUACUGUUCUGAAGUUGUAUAAAUAAAAUAUCUUUUUGUUCUAUUAAAAA